UCACUUUCUUACGAGUCCCAAUAACAUGAUUUUACUGAUUCUUUUAUCAUAUUUUCUCUCAAAAAUCUGUGUUUGAAGAAUCAGAUGGUGACCAAAGAAGAUGAUUGUCUUCCUCCUCCGACACAGCCGUCGAGAUGUUAUUCUCCUCCUUCUACGACUCCUCUUGCAGAGCUAGAGACUACUCGAAGCUUAGAAAUCAUGGAAUCAUCCUUUCUCUCUCCCGUUUGGUUGCUGGUGAUCUUUUGCAUCAUUAACUUGUUAAACUACAUGGAUCGAGGUGCGAUAGCAAGCAAUGGUGUUAAUGGAAGUACCAAGAGUUGUAAUGAUAAGGGCAAAUGCACCCCUGCAACUGGAAUUCAGGGACACUAUAACCUAAGUAAUUUUGAAGACGGUGUAUUGUCAUCUUCCUUCAUGGUUGGGCUUCUUAUUGCAUCCCCAAUCUUUGCUUCAUUGGCAAAGAGCUUCAAUCCAUUUAGACUUAUUGGAGUAGGUUUAACUGUUUGGACUAUUGCAGUUCUUGGCUGUGGAAGUUCCUUCGCAUUUUGGUUUAUCGUCUUAUGUCGCAUGUUUGUUGGUGUAGGUGAAGCUUCUUUCAUUAGUCUUGCAGCUCCAUUUAUAGAUGAUAAUGCUCCUCAUAAACAGAGAGCUGCGUGGCUUGGACUGUUUUACAUGUGUAUACCAAGUGGUGUUGCUCUUGGUUAUGUCUAUGGCGGAUACGUCGGAAAACAUUUUAGUUGGCGCUAUGCGUUCUGGGGAGAAGCUGUUUUGAUGGCUCCAUUUGCUGUUCUUGGUUUCUUGAUGAAACCGUUGCAGUUAAAAGGGUUCCCUUCUACUGAAUCAGUUGAAGUAAUGGCUUCAUCACUAGGUGCAGAGAUAUCGAAAAACAACAACCAUCUUCAAGCUGGUAAUGAGAUUAAGCAUGAUGAAGUUGAGGUCUCUAUUGAGAUUGGCAGGUCAAGUUACGCUAACCCAGUUUGGAAAUCAAUAACUCAAUUUGCGAGAGACAUGAAAGUCCUAUGCAAAGAAAGGGUCUUUGUUGUUAAUGUCUUAGGUUAUGUGGCAUACAAUUUUGUUAUUGGUGCAUAUUCAUACUGGGGACCAAAGGCCGGUUAUAACAUUUAUAAAAUGAAAAACGCUGAUAUGAUCUUUGGGGCAGUAACUAUCAUUUGUGGGAUCGUUGGAACAUUAUCAGGUGGCUUAAUACUAGAUCAUGUCACUUCUACAAUUCCAAAUGCUUUCAAGCUCUUAUCCGGAGCAACAUUUCUCGGGGCGACAUGUUGCUUUACUGCAUUCACCUUGAAGAGUUUAUACGGUUUCGUAGCUCUUUUCGCCAUAGGAGAGCUUCUUGUGUUUGCUACACAGGCUCCUGUGAAUUAUGUGUGUUUGCAUUGUGUGGAACCAAGUUUAAGACCAUUAUCAAUGGCUAUCUCCACUGUAGCAAUUCACAUAUUUGGCGAUGUUCCAUCUUCGCCACUUGUUGGUAUCGUUCAGGAUCAUAUCGACAGUUGGAGAAAAACAGCGUUGAUUCUUACAUCGGUUCUGUUCUUAGCUGCUGCAAUAUGGUUUAUAGGGAUGUUCAUAAACAUUAUAGAUCGCUUUAACAUAGAAGCUGAAAAUGAGAACCCGAGAAGCAGGCAAGGACAAUCGAUUAUGGUGAUGAAUCCAUAAAUACUUUAGCUCGUGUGUUGUUGUACAGAGUUACAUAACACUGGUGAAUGGUGAUGAACGAGUACACUUUUUCUCAAAACUCGAUUUAGUUUUACACGUUUUCAAAAAGUGAUUCGCUACUUUUAACUGUGUUCAAGAUGUUAAA